CUAAUGAGGUCCACAUCUCUUUCUCUUCUCAGGCGGCAUCAUCUUCUACGGAACCAAAAAAAAAUCUCGCCAUUCCCUCGAGCUCUCGUUGCGUCGUUCCUUCGUUCUCUCACCGCGUCGUUCGGUCUCUCCAUCUUCGCCGUUCCCGUUCGUUCUCUCCGCCUCGCCGUCGUCGUUUGGUCUUUUCGUCUCCGCCGUUCGAGUCUCCUCCGUCUUACGACGAGGUUUAUGAAAGCUUUGACUCCAUGGGUUUGCAAGAGAACCUUCUCAGGGGUAUCUAUGCAUACGGUUUUGAGAAGCCAUCAGCGAUUCAGCAAAGAGGGAUAGAGAAACCCAACGAAGAGAAAGAAGAGAUAGAGAAACCCAACGAAGAGAAAGAAGAGACAAUGAACAUCAGGGUCAAGCAAAUCUCGGAGAAACCCGACAGAAUCGCUCCAAUCGUCGCCUAUUUCGCUUCUGGGUAUGACCCAUCUGAUAAAUUCGAUGGCGAUGGCGAUGGAGACGGACACUGUUCGGAUGUCGAGGUUUAUAGACAUAAGGCCGGGACGAAGAGCAAGAGGCUUCAGGUCGUGGUGAGCCCACCUGGCUCGAGCGUGAAGUUCGUCGGCUCGAAUUAUACCGGCGAGGGAGCCACCGGACAGACAUGUGUGUAUACACUUGGUGUUCUCGACAAGGAGAAGCAGACACUGAAAAUUCUCCCAAUUGCUUCCAACAAGAUUUUCAGAUUGGAGCCAAGAGUUAAAAAUGCGGAAUCUGUUGAUUCAGAAGCUUCAUUAGGUGGAGUUAGCACUGAAUUAACUGCGGCAGAACGAGCUGUCAAAGCCAGAAAACUUAACAACCUUUAUGGUACAAAGUCAGCUAUAAACCGGGACAAAAAGAUGCGAGCUUUGAACCCUGGGGACGAUCCCGAGUCUCAGCAGCACCUCGAGGGGAAACUUAACGAAAUGGAAAUCAAGAAGGAAGCUCUUGAAAGCACUGAUUCUAUUAUUUCACGCAACAUUCCUCCGUGUGAUGUUUCUGCUGCAACUCCUCGGGAAGCUUAUCCAUUGGAUCAGAUUAUUCUCAAGGGAGAAUGGGGCUUCCUCGAGGAUAUUUACUUUUGUUGGGCAUUUGCAGGAUGA